AUGGAUCUCAGUAAUUCUCUACUUCGGAACUUAGCAACUCGCAAUACAUUCAACCAAAGCCAAAUUCACGAAUCAGUUCAUGGGUGGGUGGCUGCAGGCAGAGACAGAGGAAGCAUCGACAUUCUGUGGUCGAGCUUGUUGACCAUCGUUCUUUGCGUCUGGGUAUCAACGCACCCCAAUGCACUCUCACCAAAAGACAAAUGGUACCAUGGACUUUUUGACAAGGUCAAUCUGGCCAUGAUAGGGCUGUUGGGUCCUGACUUUCUGUUUGGAUUGGCAGUGGGACAGCUCUCUAGCGCCCGUAGAAGUGUGAAGCAAUUUCGGAAAGACGAGCAUUUAUGCAACGGAAAGAAAUGGACGUACACGCAGGCAUUUUUCGUUGAUAUGGGGGGAAUCUUCCUUAAAACUCCCGACUUUUCAGAUGGCUUCCCGAUUGACGCCGAACAGUUGCACUAUCUUGUUAAGAACAAUUUUGUCGAGUUUCCAGACAUGGAUUCCAUGGACAUCGCUGAGCGUAAUUCUGUCGAUACCCUUUCAAGACUGAUCACCCUGUGGCAAGCCCUUUGGUUCUUCGUUCAAGAGAUGGACCGGAUCUCACAAGGCCUUCCAAUCACCGCUCUGGAGCUGACCGCGCUGUCAUUCACCUUUGCGAUGGUGGCCACGUUCAUUUGCUGGUACCCCAAACCUUGCAUCCAGUACCCCCGGUACAUCGAGACCAAAGUACGCGACGGACACCAAUACACCGUUGGGGAAAUUCGUAAUUAUGCCCGUGCUCAUACCCAUCCAAGGCUUCCGACCUCCUGGCAUCGUACGCCAAUGGACGACAUCACACCUCGCGUCUUCAGAAUAGACGCAUAUUGGUGCUUCUACAAGCGCCUUGGCGAUUGGAUGCAUCUGCAUCCAUACGGCCGUCCGAUCACGACAGAACUCUGGGACAGAUUCCCAUCCGACUUGUGGCGGCCGAUGGAGCUCCUGUACUACCCGUUAGGAGGUGUCUUCAUCGUCGGCUUCAGCGCUUCUUUCAUGAUUGGAUGGAACUUCCACUUCCCGACAUCCACCGAACAGUUGAUAUGGAGGAUCGCGGCACCGUACCACAUGUUUUUCUCCCUCUACGGCGCCUUGCACUGGCUUUACGAGGACCAGAAAUGGCAUCGAACCCAAGAAAGAAUGCACGCUGCUGGUGACGUACAUGGUGCAGACCCCGAGGCACAGCUUCUCGCCCGGCGUCAAGAAGAUCUAGAGAGGAAAGACUCACGUCCUUCGAAACGCAUUGUCGAUCGGUUACGGUCUCUGAUUCAGAAGCAGGUGAAUAACUCUGUCGGUCGAGAUCCUUCAAUGGCCGUGCCUCUUCUUGUCAUCAUUCCAAAUAUCCUGAUAUCGGCUCUCUACGCUCUUUGCAGGCUUUACUUUUAUGUCGAAGACUUCGUGUCGCUCCGGGAGCAGCCGAAGGGUAUUUACAUGACCGGGAACCGAUUUUUCCCAUUCAUUGGCGACAACUGCAAAGCGUUCAAAAUGUCUGCCGAUAAGAAGUACAACGUUGGAAUCAUUGGAUACGGCCUUUCCGCCAAGGUCUUCCACAUCCCCUUCAUCAACCUCACUCCUCAGUUCAACCUGCACAGCAUCGUGCAGCGCAAGCCUACGGCAUCAUCAUCCGCCCCUAAUGGCUACCCCACCUUGAAGCAUCACACCUCCCUGGAGCCCAUGCUCCAGGACCCUGAGGUGGACAUCAUCAACAUUCUUACCCCGCCCAACACCCACUUCAGCUUCUCUAAGCAGGCGUUGCAGGCUGGCAAGCAUGUUAUUGUCGAGAAGCCCUUCGUGCCGACCGUCGCUGAGGCCGAGGAGCUCAUCCAGAUCGCCAAGGAGAACAACCGUCUCAUCUGCGUCUACCAGAACCGUCGCUGGGACAGCGACUUCCUGACCGUUAAGAAGAUGGUUGAUGACGGUGUGUUUGGCCGCGUCUACGAGUUCGACACACACUUUGAUCGUUACCGUGCUGAAAAGCCUGGCUCCUGGAAGGGAGAGCUGGGCAUGGCCGGUGGCGGCGGCGCGCUUUAUGACCUCGGCUCUCAUCUUAUCGACCAAGCUUACCACCUCUUUGGUCUGCCUGAAACCGUCUACGGCAAGCUCAUCAACCAGCGUGAGGGCAAGUUCGAUCCCGAGGAUCCCGACAGUGUGCACGCCCAGCUCGCAUACAAGAACGGUCUCAUUGUGAGCGUGCGCAUCGGCGUCAUGAGCGUCGAGAGCAUCCAGCCGCGAUUCUGGGUGCGCGGCACCAAGGCAUCAUUCCACAAGACUGCGCUUGACCCCCAGGAGGACCAGCUGAAGGCGGGCAAGAAGCCGAAUGAGCCUGGUUUCGGCGUCGAAGACCCCAUCAACGGCGGCAGGUUGCUCAUCGUCAAGGAGGGCGGCAAGAUCGAGGAGAGGACGAAGUUGACCGUCGAGCCAAAGACUUACCUUAAGCUCUUCGAGGCCUUCGCCAAGGCUGUUGAGACCGGAAAGGAUGAGGACGUUCCUGUCCCGGCAAGCGAGGCACGCGAUGUGCUUCGCAUCAUUGAGGCUGUCAAAGAGAGCGCGAAGACUGGAAGCGAAGUCCGUCUGUCAUGA